AUGCUGAAAGAGCCCUACGCAGGAUCCACGCGCAAGCUGGUCUUGGCCUUUGACGUUGGAACAACUUUCAGCGGCGUCUCUUACAGUGUCCUAGAUCCAGGAGAAGUCCCUGUUAUACACACAGUCACCAGAUUUCCCUGUCAAGAACAAGUCGGCGGCGACUCCAAGAUUCCAACGAUCAUCUACUAUGAUGAGGACGAUAAGGUCGUUGCUGCCGGUGCUGAAGCCAUCCGUGAAGGUAUAGAGGCUAUCGCAGAGGAUGAAGGCUGGACUAAGGCUGAGUUCAAACUCCACAUCCGCCCUCGUCGCAUGGCGGCUACACUUCAAAACGUACCCCAAAUCCCAUCUCUUCCUCCCAACCGGACUGCUGUCCAAGUCUUUUCAGAUUUUUUACGAUAUCUUUACGAGUGCACGAAACGUUAUAUCCAAGAGACAGAAGUGAAUGGUCGUACCCUCUGGGAGUCGCUCGAGGGUAGUAUUCAUUUCGUCCUCACCCAUCCCAACGGAUGGGAAGGCUAUCAGCAAUCGCAGCUGCGCCGUGCAUCUGUGCUGGCCCAACUGAUCCCGGACACCACAGAAGGGCACGACCGAGUCUCUUUCGUCACAGAGGGUGAAGCGAGUCUUCAUUUUUGCCUUCUUAGCGGCUUGGAGGAAAGAUUGAAAAAGAGCGAUAAAGGCGUUCUGAUUAUCGAUGCCGGCGGUGGUACCAUCGACCUCAGCGCUUAUCGAUAUCGGGCCGAGAAGGAAUCCUUUGAGGAAAUCGCUGCCUCACGAUGUCUCUUUCAGGGAUCUGUUUUUGUUACGGCGCGCGCGAAGCAAUAUCUUCAGGAUUUCCUAAAGGAAUCACAGUUUGCUGAGGACCUUGACGACAUCGUGCGUGGGUUCGACAAGAGGGCAAAACACACGUUCCGGGAUGAGAAUCAGACGCAGUUCAUCAAAGUGGGGAUGCCGAGGGUACACGAGCCACUGCUGAACAUUCGCUCAGGACAGCUCAAACUGCAAGGAUCGACGAUGGCCAAAUUCUUCCAGCCGUCCAUUAUGGCUCUUACAAGUACAAUUGAGGACUUGCUUGCCACUUCGAACUACCCCAUCACCGCAGCCGUCCUGGUCGGCGGGUUUGCAGCCAGCGAUUGGUUGUACAGAAAGCUCGAACAAAGAUUGAGCAACGAAGGGAUUGAACUUUGGAGGCCUGACAGACACACGAACAAAGCGGUUUCGAAUGGCGGCGUCUCGUUCCACCUAAACAGUGUUGUCAAAGCGCGGAUUUCUAGGGCAGCGUAUGGUGCCAGAUUGUUUGUGGAAUACUGCAAUGGUCUGGCAGAACACCGACAACUGGAGCACUUGGUCAUUCAACACCCGAUCUCAGGAAUAAAAGGCAUACCAGAGCUAUUCGACACAAUAUUGAAGAGGAACGUCCAGGUUUACGAGACGCAAGAGUUUCGAAGAACAUACCAUCUGACUCAUGUCAAGUCACAAGGACCUUUGAAUAGAAAGACAUCCGAAACUAUAGUCCGAUACACUGGCACCUCAGAACUACCGCUUUGGCGGGAGGCACCGGAUCCUGAGGCAUACUCUACUGUAUGCAGGAUUGAAGCGGACCUUUCCGCGGUCAUACCCCAGAAACGUUAUAAUUCGGUUACCCUGGAGCCCUACACGACGCGGAAGUACCACAUAGUCAUCCUCUUCGGACGCACCGAACUGAAAGCUCAAUUCGCCUGGACGGAAAAUGGGGUCGAAAAAAGGACUCCAGCGCAAAUCAUUUACGAGCCCGACGACGAGACUAGUCCAUCACCAGAGUUACCUGGACCGGGCUUGAACUAG